AUGAUUUUACCCGGCAAAGCGGGUUAUCAGUUAUUGUCGCGGUGGCGACCACUCUUAACACAACCAGCUGUUCGUACCAUCAUUGCUGGUCGUUCACGUUCCGAAACACCACAGGGUGUUCCCGAUGAUUGGGGUGUGGCAAAACCAAUGGACAAAACGCCAGUAUCGACACCAUUGAAACGUGGCGAAAAGCGUGUUGGUGCGCCGGCUGAAGUUAACGGGAAAGAAAUUGAAAUUUUAUGGCCCACAGAACGUGAGAUACAAGAAGGCGAAUACGUCAAACCACAAUGGGAAAGAAAACAAGUUAAUCAUAUAUGGUAUGGCUAUGAUUUCAAUGAUAAAUUUCGAGAUGAAGCCAAAAUGAAGCAACGAAUGUUUUCUCUUGUUUCCGUUGGUAUCUUUCUCUUUUGGUUUACCUAUAGAUAUUUUCCCGAUCGAUUAUUAACUCACUGGUGUCAGCGUGAAGCUUAUCUUCGCUUAGCUGCACGCGAAAGUCUUGGUCAGCCGGGUGUUAGUCCAUGGUACGUCGAUCCCGCCAAAGUAGCACCAUUUUUACCAAAUGACGAGGAGCUCGGCGACAUGCCUAUUGAAAUUUAA